UCACAUGCGUAUAUUAUGGAUCCGGUUUUUCAUAGGUCAAGGGCCCAAGACCUAACCCUGUUUGGCUUUCCCCGCGUUCUCCUCUAUGUGCCUCUCGCGGCGACCUGUAAGUCCUAUCACUCCUCUCACUCGUGCGCUCGGUCUCUUUCACUCCAUCUAUUGCUGCUCGAUACAUCAACCCAGGGUAGAAUUGUCUGUAUCAUGAAGAGGACAUUGCCGUGGAAUGAGCAGACUGAUGUUAUAUCAGAUGAAUCAUCCUCCUCGGAUGUAGAUAUGGAUAUUAAUGAUAGAGUUGAUGGGCAGCAACUGUCCCCUAAUAUUACACUUGAUCAACCUACAACUGAAAUGACAUCUGAAGUGAGCAGAAGAGCAGAAAUGUAUCAAGAAUAUAUGAGUCAAGUCCCUAUCCCAGCACAUCAUGGUUCUGUCAUUCCAUUUUCAUCAUGGGUGGAAUUAGGCAAAUCAAUUAAGCAAUUAUAUGGGCAACCCUUGCAUUAUCUCACCAACAUUACUCUAACAAAGUGGGAUAAUCUGAGAGCUGCUAGUGAGUAUGAACAAAAGCCAUUGGAUAUGAUGAUUCAUCCAUGUAAGGCUGAAGCAACCAUUUGGCUUGUUGAAGAAAUUCACCGGCGUACCACAUCUCACCAUCAUAUCGCUGAACUUUGGCUGAAGGACCGAAUGCACCAUACUUAUGUCGACUCCAUUUUCCCCAAGAUAUGAAGCAUUACAUCAUAGACAGUCACUCUGAGCUGAUUCUGUGGGAUGUUUUUAUUUUAUUUUAUUUUAUACUUCAGGUAUGGGCUUUGAUAUGUAUAUUCUGUAUCUAUAUUGAAUUAGAAACUCUUGUGUUGGAAUAUCACCUUUUUCUCUUGCUGACA